CAUCUCUUUUCAAUUGAAGAAAGUCUAAUUUAAUUUUCUCUUUACCUUAACAAAUAAAAAUAUGUGAUAUAUUAAGUCUCCCUAUUCCUCCUUUCACACACUAAACCUGUUCACCUCUGAGUCUGCAUUUCUCUCUCUCUCUCUCUCUUUCUCAACAUGAGAAUCAGAGCAGAACCACGGUUUAUAGAAUAUUGGUGGCACAAGUCUAGGUCAUGACUUACAUUGAAAUGGCCUUCUUCCCAACCAAUUUCAUGCUACAAACUCCUCAUGAAGAUGAUCAUCAUCAUCAACCUCCUACCUCUCUCACCCCAAUUCUCCCCCCUUGCUCUUCUCAAGACUUCAAUGGUGUUGCUUCACUACUAGGGAAGAGAUCCAUGUCAUUUUCAGUGAUGGAUGUUUGUGAUCAAGAAACUAAUGGGGAUGAUGAUUUGUCUGAUGAUGGAUCACAAAUGGGAGAAAAGAAGAGGAGGCUAAACAUGGAACAAGUGAAGACACUUGAGAAGAACUUUGAGUUGGGCAACAAGCUUGAGCCUGAGAGGAAAAUGCAGUUGGCUAGGGCUCUUGGUCUGCAACCAAGACAGAUUGCUAUAUGGUUCCAGAACAGGAGGGCAAGGUGGAAAACCAAGCAAUUGGAGAAAGACUAUGAAGUCCUCAAGAGACAGUUUGAAGCUAUCAAAGCUGAUAAUGAUGCACUCCAAGCUCAGAACCAAAAACUCCAUGCAGAGAUUUUGGCACUUAAAGGUAGAGAGCCAACUGAAUCAAUCAACCUGAACAAAGAAACUGAGGGUUCUUGCAGUAACAGAAGUGAAAACAGCUCUGAUGUCAAGCUAGAUAUCUCAAGAACACCACCUAGUCAUGACAGUCCUCUAUCUACCAAUCCAACAACAAGCAGACCUCUCUUUCCAUCAUCAAUUAGGCCUAUAGCUAGUACUGGUGGUGUUGCACAACUCUUCCAAAACCCUUCAAGACCAGACCUCCAAUGCCAAAAGAUUGAUCAAAUUGUCAAGGAAGAGAGCUUUUCCAACAUGUUCUGCGGUAUUGACGAUCAACCGGGGUUUUGGCCAUGGUUGGAGCAACAACAUUUCAAUUGAAUUGAACCCCAAUUCAUCAUGGCGUAAAUGGAAUUUGGCACCAUGCCAAAAGAGACUAAACACUUUCUAUGACUUUAAAAUUCAUGUUUUGGUACUUGGACUUGGUGUAUAAAUUAAGUAGCAUGCAUAAUCUUUUAUGUUGAAAUUAAGGUGUCUUUUGCAGAUCAUUGUGGAGGAAUAAAAAGAGUAUGUGUCUUUGCAUUUAUAUACAA